CUUUAUUCUCUGCCUGCCAUUUUUAUUUUUUAAUCAUUUAUUUAUUUAAUUAGUGCUUCCCUCUUCUCCCCUCCAUUCUCAUUCUCGUUCUCGUUCGCUCCCUCUCUGCAUCACAUCACAUACAUCAUCUCUCUCCUUUUGACCUAAAUCACCUUCUGCUCAUUCCGCGCAUUUUCUGUGACGAAUUACACCCAAAUUGUACUUACCUUUCUAAACUCAAUGGUGCUUUGGAAUUCGUUGAUUUUCAGGCGGUGAAUUGUCGAUCAAGAGGUUUCGAUUGACAUUGCUCGUGAUUUUGGUAUUGCAAUUAGGAGUGCGGUGUUGAUUGCAAAGGUGCACUGCAUGUUCGAUUGUUGAGGAGAGGGGGUCCUCUGUUCCGAGGAUUCCCGUCGUUGGUUGUUCAGAUUCGUGGCUCUGUUGUUCGAAGUUUAAGAGUUGCUCUGAAUUUUAGGUGUUGAAUUUUGUUGGGGAAAUGUUUGCUUCUGUUGUGGAUGGGGCUUGUGAGGGGAGUGGAGUUUCAGGACCCAUUUUGAUUCCACGGCGCUUUGUUUGGCCUUAUGGGGGAACAACGGUGUUUCUAACUGGUUCUUUCACGAGAUGGUCGAACCAUAUAGCUAUGUCUCCGAUGGAGGGAUGCCCUGCUGUGUUUCAAGUUGUUUGCAACUUAAUGCCGGGGUUUCAUCAGUACAAAUUUAAUGUAGAUGGUGAGUGGCGGCACGAUGAUCAGCAGCCAUUUGUAAAUGGGAGCUGUGGAGUAGUGAAUACUAUUUAUAUAGUGAGAGAACCAGAUAUCUUACCUUCCAUUUUAAAUACUGAAACACCUGGUCGAUCACACAUGGAGGUUGACAAUAUGGAAGCUAAUCCCAGGAUGCCUGUGUCUGAUCUGGAGGUCUCUCGCCACCGUAUAUCUGUAUUCCUGUCCACGCAUACUGCAUAUAAUUUGCUUCCCGAGUCAGGAAAGGUCAUUGCCUUGGAUAUAAAUUUACCAGUUAAGCAAGCAUUCCAUGUUCUUUAUGAACAGGGUGUAUCUAUGGCUCCUCUAUGGGAUUUUUUCAAGAGCCAGUUCGUUGGAGUUCUUAGUGCAAUGGACUUCAUUCUAAUAUUGAAAGAGCUGGGGAAUCAUGGUUCAAAUUUGACUCAAGAACAACUUGAGACUCAUACUAUAGCCGCCUGGAAAGAGGGAAAAUUUCAACAAUUCAGAACACUUGAUAGUAAUGGGGGAUCAUAUCCUUGGCGAUUUGUUCAUGCCGGACCCCAUGAAUGUCUAAAAGAUGUGGCUUUGAAGGUUUUGCAAAACAAGGUGUCAACUGUCCCUAUCAUACAUUCUUCUUCAGAGGAUGGUUCAUAUCCUCAACUGCUACAUCUUGCUUCCCUAUCCGGAAUACUAAAAGGUAUAUGCAGGCAUUUUAAGCACUCCUUGAGUUCUUUGCCCAUUCUUCAACUUCCAGUGGCUUCAAUACCUUUGGGUACAUGGAUGCCUAGAGUUGGGGAACCAAAUGGUCGGCCACUAGCAAUGUUGAUGCCAAGUGCUUCUCUCGGUGCUGCUUUGUCUAUGUUUGUUCAAGCCGAAGUUAGCUCAAUACCGAUUGUGGAUGCUAAUGAUUCGUUGCUUGACAUUUAUUCAAGAAGCGAUAUUACUGCAUUGGCUAAAGAUAAAGCUUAUGCUAGGAUAUCUCUCGAUGAAAUUAGUAUUCACCAGGCAUUGCUUUUGGGACAAGAUGCAACCUCUCCUUCUGGGAUUUACAAUGGUCAGAGAUGUCACAUGUGUUUGAGAUCUGAAUCGUUGUACAAAGUGAUGGAGCGGUUGGCUAAUCCUGGGGUUAGGAGACUUGUGGUUGUGGAGGCUGGCAGCAAGCGUGUGGAAGGGAUUAUUUCUUUAAGCGAUGUGUUCAGAUUCUUGUUAGGCUAGUUGGGAUAUAUUGGCCGGCUUAUAUGAAGGAAAUAGCUGUGGUUGUAGCAUUGGAAGGGACUCGUUUGUUCUAUUUGCACUGCUUUUCUGAGCCCCGGCCUUCCUUGGUGCUGUUGCCAUCGUAUAUUGUUUUAGGAUAGAAAUUGGAGAGAAAAUUCUGUAAAUUGAGGAUCGUUUUUCUCUGUUAAACAUCUUAACGAAAUCAUUUUCUCCUUGUGUGCCGGCACAUCAGCAAUACGUGUGUCCAGUGCUAAUAGAAAUCAAGGAGAAGCUGUGGGAAGAAAAAAAAAUAAAGACUAUAAAAAGACGAAAUAUAUAGCCGUAUGCAGCGCCAUGCUGUUGGUUGUAUCGAUGUAUUUUAAGGGUCUUCUUUUUCCGAAUCAUUAUGACUUAAUAUUUCAGCUAAAAAGUUCAUCAGAGCGUUUCCAA